AUGCCUAUGGUCAAAAAAGCUCGACGCGUCACGGCCGCAGACAAGCGCCAGAAGGCAAUACUCAAGAAGAAACUUACUGGGGAAGUCUACGACGAGAACAGACCCACACUAUCCAAGUCUCCCAACGACGACAAACCAAAACCAUCACCACCGAAUCUCGACGCCCUGAUAGCUCGAGCUCAACAACCACAAACCACCAGCAAGGAGCGAGAAGACAUCCUAGAUGUAUCCCGCGCCUCCCAACCACGCACCACAAAGGAGCGCGAAGAAAUCCUAAACGCCAUCCUCCAGAUCAGAACGUCCGACCGUCCCAACCACACCCGUCGCGAACAAGAACGCCUCACUGACAUUACAGCAUUCGUCAAUUUCUUCAGCGGCUGGAAAACCACGCAGGAAGACAUCGACAAAUACUGCGGCUUUCACACUCGGACGUCGCGUGAUGUCCGCAACAACCCACAUCGACAGCCGCCGGGCGUCGAGCGUCGAGGGAGGAGACAACCUCGUCUAUCUCAGGAAGAGCUUUCUCUCUUUGGCAUCGACCCAGAAACCGCUCGCUUGAAUUGGAAUCUCAACGGAGUCUAA